AUGGGAAAAGAUGGUGGUUUUUUGACGCCAAAAGCAAUUGGUAAUAGAAUUAAAGCCAAAGGUCUACAAAAAUUACGAUGGUAUUGUCAAUCUUGUGAGAAACAAUGUCGUGAUGAGAAUGGAUUCAAAUGUCAUAUACAAAGUGAAUCCCAUCAACGGCAAUUAUUAUUAGUGGGUGAAAAUGCAGGCAAAUAUGUUUCUAAUUAUUCACAUGAAUUUCAUAGCGGCUUUUUCAGUACAUUACGUCGUUCAUUUGGCACAAAACGUGUUUUAGCUAAUACAGUUUAUUGUGAAUAUAUUAAAGAUCGGGAACAUGUUCAUAUGAAUGCUACUCGAUGGGUUGCUUUAGCAGGUUAUGUUCGUUGGCUUGGAAGCCAAGGACUUUGUGAAAUUGAAGAAACUGAACGAGGAUGGUAUGUAACAUUAAUUGAUAAAGAUGCUGAUUCAGUACGACGUGAAAUGGAUGCUGAAAAAAAAGAAAAAAUGAAUUUAAGUGAUGAACAACGACGACAACAAUUAAUAGCUGAACAAAUUAGAAGGGAUCAAGAAAGAGGUAUUCAACAUGCUGAACCAGUAUAUACUGAAUUUGUUCGCAAUGAUGAAGAAGAAAAAGUACAAGUUACAUUUAAUAAAGUUGUUGUUGAAGAAAAGAAAAAAAUUCUACCACCAUCCAUUCUAGUUACAAGUAGUAAAAAACGAACUGAUACAACGGAUGAAACUCCAGAAGUAGUUGUUGUUGUUGUUGUUGUAACAGUUUCUUCAAUAGGUUCAAAUCUCGACUUCUUUUUAACAACAACUUCUUCUGUUUUUAAAAAACCAUUCCCACCAGCUGCAUUAAAACCAAAAAAAAUCAGCACUUGA